AUGAAGGGCAUUGCUCGCUCUUUCGUUUUUUGGCCCCGUAUUAACGCGGACAUCGAACAAGUCGCUAAAUCCUGUACCGACUGCGCCAAGCACGCACAUUUGCCACCCAAGUGUAAAGAUCAUCACUGGGAAUAUCCAAAAGGACCAUGGGAAAGGAUACAUAUAGAUUACGCAGGACCAGUCGCAGGUGCCAUGCUCCUAAUUGUCGUUGACGCUUAUAGCAAGUGGGUGGAGGUGAGAGUAACCCACACAACUACAACAACCGCAACAAUUGCAAUGCUGGACAACAUCUUCGCAUCAUAUGGAGUUCCCACUACAAUAGUAUCAGACAAUGGAACUCAGUUUACGGCCGAGGAAUUUAAGACUUUCUUACAGUCAAGCGGAGUUAAGUAUCACAAACGCAUAGCACUGUACCAUCCGGCAACGAAUGGUCAAACCGAACGUUAUGUCCAGACGGUCAAGAAUGCACUAGCUACUAUGGGCACAACACCUGGAUCAUUACAAUCCAAUCUUAAUCAGUUCCUCCAACAGUAUAGGAAAGCUCCGCAUGUAACAACAGGCCAGUCGCCUGCGCAAUUAUUCCUUGGACGCAACAUACGUACUAGGAUAGAUUUAGUACGACCAGAUAACUUACAUAUGAAUAACACGGAGAAACGGCAAGUCACGCUUAAUCUGUCGUUCCGAGAGUUCCAGCCCAAGCAAACGGUCUAUUUCCUGUCAAGUAACCCUCGUCUGGAUAAAUGGGUUAAAGGUAGGAUUGUCUCACGAUUGGGCGAUCUACAUUACGAAAUAGACUAUGAGGGCAGACGCUUCAAAAGGCAUGUGGAUCACAUUCGCGCCUUUAGUGAGAAAAAAACUGAGGACCAGCCUAAUGGCACAAGGCCAAAAGAGAAGGAUAAGCCUCGUAGAGUUCAUUUUUAUGAUAACGAUAUUGCAAUCAUUCCCCAAGCUAAGUUACAGGUACCACUGUCACCACGAGGACCACCUUCACCACCGAGUCCGUCUACUCCAGAGGAGUAUUAUUAUACACCACCCUCAACUCCGUCUUCGCAAGGGUCUCCACCACAUCAAAUACAAGCACCUCCAAUAUUACGGAGAUCUACAAGACAUCGCCACCCUCCACUUCGUUAUUCACCGAGUUAA